GCGCAGGCGUAGUAGGUGACGCCACGGGCCAUCUCCCUGCGCGGGCGCCGCGAUGACGUCAUCACCCGCUGCGCCGGGCAAAGAUGGCGCUGGCCUGGCGGAGAUGCCCGGCGCUGUGGCGGCGGCAAGCGAGCCCUGCCGGAUACGCGACUCUUGGAGGAGGCUCCGCGCAGCCGCAGAGGAGGGGCGGCCCGAAAGAGAGCCCGGCUGAACGCAGAGCCCAGAAGGAGCUGAUCUACGGCAACAGUCAAAGGUCUGAGAAGAUGGACCCUGACCAGGACUGGACAAGCGUCUAUCCAACCGCAGCAUCUUUUAAACCGUCUGCUGUGCCCCUUCCAAUUCGGAUGGGCUACCCAGUCAGAGGAGGGGUGGCCCCUGCAAAGGAAGGCAACUUGGAGCUUUUGAAGAUUCCCAAUUUCUUGCAUCUGACGCCAGUUGCCAUCAAGAAACACUGUGCAGCUUUGAAAGACUUCUGCACAGAGUGGCCCUCUGCCCUGGAUAGUGACGAGAAAUGUUUGCAGCACUUCCCAAUUGAAAUCAGCACCACUGACUAUGUGUCAGCAGGGCCCUCCCUUCGCAAUCCUAAAGCAAGAGUGGUGACUUUAAAAGUUAAACUCUCAAGUCUCAACUUGGAUGACCACGCAAGGAAGAAGUUCAUCAAACUUGUAGGGGAGCGAUACUGUCGGGAUACGGAUUCCGUUACUAUCACCACGGACAGAUGUCCCUUUAGGAAGCAAAACUAUGAUUAUGCCAUGUACCUUCUAACUGUCUUGUUCCAUGAAUCGUGGAAAAUAGAACCAUGGGAAAAAGAAAUUACAGAAGCGGACAUGCUGGAGUAUGUCUGGGAGAACAGCGCUUCUGAAAAAAACGCUUUGAGGACAUUGCUUCAGAUAAGAGCAGCUGAAAAAAGUGAAGAAAUUAGCAGAGAGGAACUCCUUGCCUCUGAGGUGAUGCAGGAUUACAAAAAGUCCAUGGUUCUCUUGAAAAAUGAAGGCGAAACAGAGAAGAAUCUUUUGGAAUAUAAAAACUCGGUUAAGAGACUGUUAAAUAUCCAGGGCUUGUAAAUGUAAGCAGUUAUUUUGUGGGAUGCUGUAUGUAUAUAUAUAUAUAUAUAUACUGGUGGACAUAGUCCUAAUAAAAUUUUUAAUACUAUCCGGUUGCAAAUGAAAA